AUGGCGUGUGCGCCUCUACCUCGUGAGAUCAUAAAAUGGCUUCAAGGUCUGGAUCUCUCGUUCAGCAUCAAGAACCCAAAACGGGAUCUGAGCAAUGGUUACAUUGUGGCAGAGAUCUUGUCCAGAUAUCAUCCUCAGGAUGUGGACAUGAACACGUACGAAAAUGGCUCCAGGUUGGAAGCAAAGGUUGACAACUGGGAGCAGUUGUACAAGCUUUUCAAGAGGAAGGGCAUAGGCAUCUCCAAAGCAGAGUUUGAUCCAGUCAUACACUGUGCGCCGGGUGCGGCAGUAAUGCUCAUGCACAAGAUUUACACGUUCCUUACCAGAUGCGUAGUCCAAGCGCACGCGCCAAUCCAGGAGCUGGUUAACUUCCAGCAUGAGCUGCCGUCGUUCAUGCGGGACACAGCCUCCAAGCGUCUGAAAGAUCCGGAAAUAGCCCGGAUUCAAGACAACGUGGAAAGGACCAUCGUUGCCAUUGACACGCUGGGCGUUUUCCACCAGGAGCGUCGCGCGAUCAAAGCUACGGAGGCUCCUGCUUUGAUCAGGCAAGAACGAAGAUUGAGGAUGGGCUUGUCACAGGAGGAUCAAAGUCACGACAUAAACCAGACGGAUUCUGUCGUAGUUGACGAAGUGAAGGUGAAGGCACUUCAAACAGGAAGUGCUCAGCUUCGAAAAACUGAUGAAAAGAACCAAGAGGCGCCACCGCCGGUUGCGACCUCGAGCCGGACCUCUCUGCUGAAGGCAGUGAGCAGCCCUCAGACAUGCUGUGCAGCGCUGGCCGGCCUGCAGCAGAGCCAGGCCAUUGCCAAGCCAGCUACCGAGAUCAUGCGGCCAUUGGUUUUCUCCAUCAUUCAAGAAUCCGAGGAGUUUUCGAAGAUGAUCGACACCAAGAAAGAGGACAUCGUAGUUGCCUUCAUGGAGCAGUGCCGAGAGGGUGUGAGAGAUGCCCCGGGCCGAGAUGUCCAUCGAGACUUGAAUGGAAUUGCGGCCCCACCUUUAGAGUUGCGGAUGCGUGAGAUCGAGGAAACCUCAGUCCGCGUUUUCGAAACCCUGGCAAAACGCGCCGAACUGCUGGUGGACUCAUUGACCAAGUCACCACCGGAAUUUUGGAAGGUGUGGACAACCUUUUAUCCAGCACUUGCCGACUUCUCGGAGUCCAGCCCGAUCUUCGAGAGCGCUCUGUAUUUUUUCAAGAGGCUUGGUGAACUCAUGCGCGAGCAAGAUGCACAAUUGACCCAGCAGAUGAUGACAGAGGUAGCUCUGGCUUCGCUGGCCAAGGAACUAGCACGAUCUCCUGAGAAGCGAGAGCUCUUGUGCGAAGUGAUUUACUGCUUUGUCCAGGAGGACACGCUGAAUCAUAUCCUGACAUUGCGUGCGCUGAAAGAGAAGGUUGGCGACGACAUGGCAGUGUAUGUGCCCUGCUUAUCAAGCUUGGUCAAUCUUGAUGGCCAAGCCGGUCUUCUGGACGAACAUCUUCUGGAUCUGUAUAUAUACUAUGCGUUGAUGGCAAUACAAAGUCCCAAGCCCAGGGUGCGGGUGGCCGGACUGGCGAUCAUUUGCAGCGUGACCGGUUGGUCUUCACAGCAUCAGCCGGUUGUGGCGCUGCUACCGCAUUUUUCUGCUCUUGCAAACGAUGAGUGGUGGGAGGUCCAAGCUCAGUUGCUGCGACUGUCGGCGAAACUUCUAGGCAGGCUGUCCACGGAGCGGGGUCAUGCAGCUGUCCUGGGACCCGAAGAUGAUGGCAGCGCUAGUGGUGCCAGCAGACUCGAAGAUGGAGGGGAGGCGAGUGUGGAAGCCGUCAUUGAGGAGAUUUUGUCUAUAGUCAGUCGGCUUUUCGCUGUGAGCAACUCCAAGAACGUUCUGCAGGUGGGGCUCUCCGCACUUGUGCACGUGCUGCCUGAUUAUCCCAACUUGCUUCCAGUCUUUGUAGCUGUGUUGCUUGGGCAGACACCAGCCCUACGGCAACGGCUUCUGCAGGAGGUCGAGGGCGAUGACAAAGCAGGGCACACGUACGUUCAUGGCAACUUCACUUGUACCUACGAGGAGACGUGCUUGCCAGAGAUUUGGCCACAUCUGGACAUUGCGAAGACGUUGACUAUGCAGCUCGAGGCAAGCCCACCCGAGCGUCUCGAGAUAGAGCAUCUCGAGGUGCUGUUGGCCAGCCUGCCUUUCUUCUUCGAUGAGGACGAAGCAGAUGAAUGGCUCCAUAUCUUCGAGAAGGUGAAGCGAUAUGUCUUCACGACGUUGGUGGAUCCACAACUGCAUCUGCUCAGUACCCAAAUCAUUCGCAAGUUCUGGGCAAGCGGUGUCGAGUCCAUUGCAGCGAAGACCCGGGAGAAUUCCUUGGACAUGAUGGGGGAGACCCUCAGUAUGCUCUAUGACGGCUCAGAGCGUGUCGAGGAAGCUUCGGUCAUCGUCUUCCUUCGUGAGAUGCGAAGUCGCGAUGAGGAUACCCAAGCAGAGGUGGAUCGAAUGAUCGACCGUUUCGCGGAGUCCCACCCAGACAAGUACCAGGCGUCCCAACUCCACACAGUGUCCCAGGACUGA